AUGGAGAAAGAUACGAUUGUGAAUUCUUCCAGGCAGAGCCCCCUCCCAAGCGAGGAUCGAGUAGACACAGAGAUGACGGAAAAUUUGGAUCCCGCGGAGGUAAGGAGUGGUGUGCUCCCUUUGUUUAGAAGGAAGUCAGAUGUAGGGGGCAAGUUCGUAGGCCUGGUUGGGCAAUUACAGAAGAAGGUAGGCGAGAUCUUGUGCGAGUCUCGGGUAUCAAAAGAAAGAAGAGCGGAGAUAGAGAAGGAGUUCUUGGCCACGUAUAAGAUUGUGGAAGGGAUGGCAGCAGAAGAGUUAAAGAAAGGGGGGAUGUCCCACGAGUUAGAGAAUGAAGUGAGUAAAGUACUGGCUCAGAGAGGGAUUGAGACAUGUGAGGAGUGGGAUGAAUACAUCAAGACCAUGGAAAGGGAUGGUGAAGUGUUAGCAGGGAUCUGUGAGAUGCUUAACACAGACGUGUUGCAGGUAAAAAAGCACGUCGCAAGUCUGCAACUUGAAGCCGUUCGAAAAGACGAGGCAAUGGAGGUUCAAGGUAGGACCGUUGAGGCAAGUGCUGUUGGGGAAGGAGUCUUCAACAAUCAGUUGCAGAUGCAUUCGACUGGACCGAUAUAUGCAGAUCGCUUGAGGCAACCUUCAGCAUCGACGGAUUCAACGACGCCAGCGUUGGAGGACGCAGGUUCGUCAGUUUCUCAGCAGUUGAUAACGUAUUUAAGAUCGAUGGCGUGUAGUGACCCCGGGGUGUACAGAGGCACUAAGAACGAAAACUUUGAAGAAUUUUUAAGAAGGUUUAAAAGAAAGUAUGAACAGGUAAUCAAAUGUGAAGCCACCCUCAUAGAAAUCCUAGGAGACGACCACUUGGCAGGAAGGGCGAAGAGCAUAUUCGCCGCCCUCCCAAGGAUAACGAAGGAGCAGGGGCUCGAUGCGGUGACUCGGGAGAUGGCCCGGCUUCUAUCCUAUGAUUCAACGGCAGGUAGGAUGAGGGCUCUCACGGACUUGAAGAAUCUUAAGUUGAGGCCCCAUCAGGAAAUAGCGGAAUUCUGCGCUGUAUUAGAGAAGCUAGGUAGGCAAGCCAACCCAGAAUGUACGGUGGAAGACCGAUCGUUGGAGUACGCGCAAAUCUUGUUGGAGAACCUCAGAGAGUGGCCAGAACACUACCAACUGGUUGGGGCAUUGCAUAAGGUGGACCCUCGGAGAGCUUACGAGGAAGUGAAACAAUUGGCUCUUAGUAUAGAGCAAUCGAAAAUUAUGUUUGAGGUUGGUAGGAGGCCAGCAGAUCUGAAAUGGAAAGAAAGGGCCGCACAAUAUCGUGGCUACGGGUUUGUCGAGAGAGCAGGAGCUCCAAGUUUUUCGCGCAGUAGGCCGGAGCAAGGGAGAGAUACGCCAAAUAGGGGAGAAGAACUUGGUGGAAGGGGCAACUACCAAUCUAGCGUGAGCAUUACCAGAGAACCCCAGAGGCAAGCACGUAAUGUGAGGCCAGCCCAGCAUGGCUCUUCGCAGGAGGGGGUCGAGAACAGAAAAUGCUAUAAGUGCUCCAAAUAUGGGCAUGUAGCAAGAGAUUGUCCAGUGCGUACGGCUAGAGUGAACCAGAUUGAGCCCAGGGAAGAGGCACCUUCCCGGAAGGACGAGACACUGUCGGCUAUUGUGAAUCGUGCUAGGUGCAUGGGGAUGUCUGUGAGAGAGAAGGGAGUAUCAGCGGACGAGCUCAUAGGGGAAAAAGUUACAGUGCCCCUUAACAUUCUGAAUGAGGAUUGUCAGGCCUUAAUUGACACGGGGUCAAUGAUAAGCAUUGUCCCAGUGGAACUACUGGCGAAAGUGCAAGACAAGGGUUUUGACCUGGAUUCCUUGGGAAUGGUGCCCAAGUCAAAGCUGAAGCCGGUGGUCGAUGCAUCGAACAAUAGGAUGGAUUUCCUUGCGGCUGUUUAUUUACCAGUCAAAUUAAAUCAAGAGACGACUCAAAACGUAGCGUUCCAUAUUAGCCCAAAAAAGGAAAUGGAGAUAAUAUUGGGUACCAAUGCGUUAGCUCGCUUAGGUAUUAACAUUUCUAUUGAAAGAGAACGGGACAGUUCAGUUAAUAAAUCAGUGAAAGAUGAAGCAAAUGAAAGCAAGGUCGUGGUAGCGGAGAGACGCUAUAUACCCCCCGGCGAUACGGCACUGGUAGAGGUAUUGUGCCAGGGUGACAGAGGCGGCGAAGUGGAAAGGGUGAUAUGGCCAUGUAAGCAUGGUAUAGCUGCGGGAGUCUUCACUAUUAAAGACCGGAGAACAUCGCUCCCCGUAUUCAACAAGAGUUGUCAACCCAUACUUUUGAAAGAGGGUGAAGAUGUCGGCCGGUGGGGCACGGAUAAGUGGCUUGAGCGAUGGGAGGAGGCAAACCCACUACUGAUGGGCGCCAGAGAGGAUAACCUUAGAGCGCCGGAGAGACUGCGGGUGUUAGAAGAAUUGAUAGCGGACAACAUGGAGCCAGGGAGCAUGGAUGAGGAUCUUCAGAGGUUGUUGGAAGAGUAUGCAGAAGCGUUCGCCGUCUCGGACCAGGAAUUGAGUCAGACGGACUUAGUGCAUAUGACCAUAAAUACAGGAGAUAGUCCCCCAAUAAAAUGA